AUGGCGGCCGCGGAGCAGUCUGAAGCGGCUUCGGCCCCCGUCGAGCACGUACGCAGAGAGGCCUUCGAGGUCGAGCUCUUCGUAGGAGAUACUGACACUUUCCAGCCUGGAGAGAGCAUAUCGUCAACCAUUGGAGGACCGUUGAAUUUCUAUCGGUUUCAGAUGACGCUGUAUCCCCAUGGAUUGAAAGAGGAGGAGGGUCUCCUGGACAGGUAUGUGGCAGUGAAUGUGCAGAUGCUGCCUCCGCGAGAGCUUGCGGGUUGCAGCUGGAGCUGCGAGGAAGUUGAGGUGGAGGUGGUGCUUCACAACUGGUACGAUUAUGGUGUUCAUUGCUGGGACGUCAUGACUUUUCAGAACAGCGACGAUACCUGUCGCUUCGGUUCUAUCCUCCCCAGCAACAGUUUGCAAGUGGACCUGGGCUGGCUGAACUCUGAGAAGAAAGUCUUGGUGGUGGGAAGACUAAAGCUUCCAAUCCCCAAGGAUGCUUUUGGCGAGAGCAUCCGGGCCUUGGACUUGAGUCAGGAAGUCACGCAAGUCACCUUCCAGUUGUCCCAAGGGCCUCGCCUGUUCAUGGACAAGCGCCUGCUCAUCAGCCGCUCGGAGUAUUUCAAAGAGAUGCUCAGCGAGCCGAAAUGGAAGGAGGCCAGGACCAACAUCAUCGACCUCAGGAGCGACACGUCCGUCGAUCAUCGCUCCUUCAGCGCGCUGCUGUUCUUUAUCAUGUCCAACACCUUCACAGCUGGUGGUGACACCAACUUCGCCUUUGCCGUCCGGCGGCUGGCAGACAGGUAUCGCCUUCCUCAGCUGGUCGAGAAGAUCGAGGUGGAGCUAGUGAACAUGCUGUCCGCCGACAACGUCCUGACGUUCCUGGGCCAAGUGGUUGGCAGCGGAGGCCUCCUGGAGCUGGCCUGCCUGGAGAUGAUUAAGGCCGACGAAUGCGAGAUCCUGAAGUCGAAGCACGAGACGCUGGACCAGAUCAUCGAGGAUCACCCGGACCUGGCCAAGCGCAUCAUGCGGCUCUUAGUUGGCCGCACUGGGAAGAAACGCCCUCUCGGGGGCGAUUGA